CCUUCAUUCCCUCGCUGCUUUAACCAUUCCAAUCUCCCCUUUUCCUCUGCUUCUUUCCCAUCUCUCUCUCUCUCUCUCUCCUUCCGAUUUUUGAGUUUGGUGAUUGAACGAUCAAGAAACAUUUCGGAGUCCACUUAUGGGGACGCCGGUGAACAUCAUCGUUGGGUCUCAGGUGUGGGUGGAGGAUCCCGAGGCCGCCUGGAUCGAUGGAGAGGUCACGGCGAUCAAAGGCGGCAACGCCACCAUAGUCACCACCGAUGGGAAGACAGUCGUGGCUAGUCUGUCGAGUAUAUACCCGAAGGAUACAGAGGCUCCUCAGGCUGGAGUGGAUGACAUGACCAAAUUGGCUUACCUCCAUGAACCAGGAGUUCUGAAUAACCUCGCAGCUCGCUAUGCACUGAAUGAGAUUUAUACAUACACUGGAAAUAUAUUGAUAGCCGUGAACCCCUUUCGGAGACUUCCACAUCUGUAUGAUGUCCACAUGAUGGAACAGUACAAGGGCGCUGCUUUCGGUGAGCUAAGUCCUCAUCUUUUUGCAGUUGCAGAUGCUUGCUACAGGGCAAUCAUAAAUGACCAUGGAAGCCAAUCGAUCUUGGUUAGCGGAGAGAGCGGAGCUGGCAAAACAGAGACCACGAAGAUGCUCAUGAGAUAUCUAGCUUUCAUGGGAGGGAGAUCAGGUACAGAGGGCCGAACCGUCGAGCAGCAGGUCUUGGAGUCUAAUCCGGUGCUUGAAGCAUUUGGAAAUGCCAAAACAGUGAAGAACAACAAUUCAAGUCGGUUCGGUAAAUUUGUUGAGAUCCAGUUUGACAAGUAUGGGAAGAUUUCGGGAGCUGCAGUCCGCACAUAUCUACUGGAGCGCUCACGAGUAUGUCAAGUAUCUGACCCAGAAAGGAACUACCAUUGCUUUUAUAUGCUCUGUGCUGCACCACCAGAGGAUGUGAAGAAGUUCAAGGUAGCAGAUCCAAGGGCAUUCCAUUAUCUAAACCAAACAAACUGUUAUGAAGUAGCAAAUGUGGAUGAUGCCAGGGAAUACCUGGAGACUAGAAAUGCAAUGGAUGUGGUGGGAAUCAGUCAGGAUGAGCAGGAAGCUAUUUUUCGUGUAGUAGCUGCAAUUCUGCACCUGGGGAACAUAAAUUUUGACAAAGGAAAGGAAAUUGACUCCUCAAAAUUGAAAGAUGAGAAAUCAGUCAGCCAUCUUAAAACAGCUACAGAGCUGCUAAUGUGUGAUGAGAAAGCACUUGAGGACUCUCUUUGCAAGCGUGUGAUUGUUACACCAGAUGGAAAAAUAACAAAGCCUCUUGAUCCAGAGUCUGCUGCACUAAGCCGUGAUGCCUUGGCUAAGACAGUCUACUCAAGGUUAUUUGACUGGAUAGUUGACAAGAUCAACAACUCAAUCGGUCAGGAUCCAUAUGCAAAAAAUAUUAUUGGAGUGCUCGAUAUAUAUGGUUUUGAGAGCUUCAAGAUUAAUAGUUUUGAGCAACUGUGUAUCAACUUAACUAAUGAGAAAUUGCAACAACAUUUCAAUCAACAUGUAUUCAAGAUGGAGCAAGAAGAAUACACGAGGGAAGAAAUCAACUGGAGUUAUGUAGAAUUUGUGGAUAACCAAGAUGUCCUGGAUCUCAUAGAAAAGAAACCCGGCGGAAUAGUUGCGCUACUUGAUGAAGCAUGUAUGUUUCCAAAGUCAACUCACGAGACCUUUGCUCAGAAGAUGUACCAAACAUACAAAAGCCACAAACGUUUUAGCAAGCCAAAACUUGCACGCACUGCAUUCACCAUCAACCAUUAUGCUGGAGAUGUUACUUACCAAGCUGAUCAAUUCCUUGAUAAGAACAAAGACUAUGUUGUCGCAGAACAUCAAGCUCUUUUAAACGAUUCAAAGUGCCCUUUUGUGGCAAACCUCUUUCCACCAUUAGCAGAGGAAACUUCAAAACAGUCAAAGUUCUCCUCAAUAGGCACUCGCUUUAAGCAACAACUUCAAGCACUUAUGGAAACAUUGAGCACGACAGAACCACAUUACAUCAGAUGUGUGAAGCCCAAUGCAGUCUUAAAACCAGGCAUCUUCGAGAAUUUCAAUGUCCUGAACCAAUUGAGAUGUGGGGGUGUGCUAGAGGCAAUCAGGAUUAGUUGUGCUGGCUAUCCCACAAAGAGAACAUUCGAUGAAUUUGUUGAUCGCUUUGGAAUUCUUGCACCAGAUCUUGUAGACAGCUCCGACGAAAAAGCAGCAUGUGCAGCUAUAUGUGACAAUAUGAGCUUGAAAGGUUAUCAGAUAGGAAAGACAAAAGUGUUCCUCAGAGCUGGUCAGAUGGCUGAGCUAGAUGCCCGACGAAUGGAAGUCUUAUCUAAUGCUUCCAAACUAAUUCAGAGGCAGAUACGCACACAUCUUGCUCGAAAAGAAUUCAUAAUACUGCGCAAAGCCUCAAUUCAAAUGCAAAAACUAUGGAGAGCACGUCUUGCACGCAAGUUAUAUGAAGGCAUGAGGAGAGAAGAUGCCUCAAUCCGCAUUCAGAAAUAUGCACGUUCUCAUGCUGCAAGAAAAGCUUACACAAAACUGCGAUCAUCUGCAAUAGUUAUAGAAACAGGACUACGAGCGAUGGCAGCUCGAAAUGAAUACAGACAUAGAAGGAGAACCAACGCUGCUAUAAUCAUACAAACUCAAUGGCGUCUAUACAAAGCUCGUUCUGCAUAUAAAUAUCAAAAGAAGGCAACUCUGAUACUUCAGUGCCUCUGGAGAGGGCGCAUUGGAAGAAAGGAACUUCGAAAGUUAAGAAUGGCUGCAAGAGAGACAGGAGCACUCAAAGAAGCCAAGGACAAGCUUGAAAAGAAGGUCGAAGAACUCACCUGGAGAUUAGAUGUUGAAAAGCAUAUGAGGAUUGAUGUUGAAGAAGCCAAAGGGCAAGAAAUUGCAAAAUUACAAACUGCAUUACAAGAAAUGCAAGAGAAGCUUGAUGAAGCCCAUGAAGCAAUCAUCAAAGAGAAAGAGGCUGCUAGGAUAGCCAUUGAACAAGCACCACCUGUUAUUAAAGAGGUCCCAGUGGUGGAUAACACCAAGCUAGAGUUGCUUACAGGCCGCAACAGAGAACUAGAGGACGAAUUAAGUAUAUUCAAGACCAAGGCUGACGAAUUUGAGGGAAAAUAUACAGAGGUCCAGAAAAGGGUGGAAGAAUUACUAAAAGACACGGAAGAGUCCAACUCAAAAAUCAGUCAAUUGCAAGAGAUGAUAGAGAGACUUGAAACAAAUUUGUCUGGCCUAGAGUCUGAAAACAAGGUUCUGAGACAACAAGCUUUGGUUGCUUCAUCAAAUGAAGAUUUAUCAGAACAAAUUAAAAGCCUCGAAGGCAAGAUCAGCACAUUGGAGUCAGAGAAUCAGUUGCUUCGCAAUCGACCUGCAGUAGUUUAUCAGCCAUCAGUUACUUCUGAAUCUAUUCAACCACCAGUAAUCAAGGAGCCAGCAGCAGCACCCCUUGCACCAGCUCUAAGUAAACAGAAGUCUCUAACUGAUCGACAACAGGAAAAUCAUGAUGCGCUUAUCAAGUGUCUCACGGAAUAUAAGAGGUUUGACAAGAAGAGGCCUACCACAGCAUGUAUUGUCUACAAAUCACUGCUUCAGUGGCACUCAUUUGAAGCAGAGAAGACAAACAUAUUUGAUCGGAUCAUACAAAUAAUCAGGUCAUCUGUUGAGAACCAGGAGAAUGUUGGUGAACUGGCAUAUUGGCUGUCAACAACAUCUACCCUUCUAUUUCUUCUGCAAAAAACACUUAAAGCAAGCAAUGCAUCAACUACAGGUUCACACCGCAAUCGAGCAACAACAGUCACACUGUUCAGUAGAAUGGCACGAAACACCCGCUCAUCUUCAUCUGGAAUGGGGAUUUCAAGUGGCUACAGUGGAAUGGUUGGUAAAUCUGAAGACCAAUCAAGGAUCGAAGCUAAGUAUCCAGCAUUACUUUUUAAGCAACAACUAACAGCUUAUGUUGAGAAGAUCUAUGGAAUGAUACGAGACAGUCUGAAGAAGGAGAUCAGUCCAUUCUUAACUAUGUGCAUACAGGCACCAAGACCUUCCAAAGCCAGAUCAAUUCGGGGAUCAUCUAAAAGCAUUCAUUCCAAUCUAGUAGCAAAGCAAGCUUCGAGCAUACACUGGCAAAGCAUUGUCAAGAGUUUGGACCAAAUGUUAUCUGUAUUCAAUGAAAACUAUGUGCCUUCCAUGAUAAUUCGGAAGACUUUUAGCCAAGUGUUUGCAUUCAUCAAUGUACAAUUAUUUAACAGCUUGCUACUCCGCCGAGAAUGCUGCUCAUUUAGCAAUGCAGAAUUUGUUAAGGCUGGACUACAGGAGUUGGAACAAUGGUGCUCCAGAACAACAGAACAAUUUGCUGGAACCUCAUGGGAUGAGCUUCAACACAUAAGACAGGCAGUCGGAUUUCUGGUUUUGCAUCAGAAGUCCCACAAAUCCUUGGAGGAGAUCACAAACGAACUCUGCCCAGUCUUGAGUGUUCCUCAAAUCUAUAGAAUUGGUACCAUGUUUUGGGAUGACAAAUAUGGCACACAUGGUUUAUCUCAGGAUGUGAUUUCCAAGAUGAGAACUAUGAUGACAGAUGACUCAAUCAACAUGCCAAACAACUCUUUUCUGUUGGAUGAUGAUUCAAGCAUACCAUUCUCAUUGGAUGACAUACUGCGAUCCCUGAUUGAUAUGAACCUCUCCGACUUGGAGCCACCACCAUUGCUCCGACAGAAUUCAGGGUUCCAUUUCCUGUUGCAACAGCACAAAGAUUGAGGAUAUCACUUUUGCUUUUUUUUUCAAGCGAAAGAAAAGGAAUGCAGAACGAUAUGGGUGCAAUGCUUUUGGAUGUUGGAAUGUGUGGCUUUUUCCCUCUGCCUUUUCUGUUUUUUUUUCCUUUUAUUUCUUGUUUUUCUAAUGCUAGAAAAUCUCUCUUUUUCUUUUUCCAUUUAUAGAGAGAUGUGUGGAGAGCUUUUUGAAGUCUGAUUUUGGAAAGAAUGCUGAUUUUUUAUUACACCGAUUUUUUUAGAGAGAUGUGAGGAGUUGGAUAUGUUGAAGCUUGAUUUUUAAUUUUCUUUUUUGGUUUUUAUUGUUACAUAUAAUGAUGUAACAAAGAUUAAAACAUACGUCUGUACUGAAUCUUUUUUUUAUCAAAUGAAAGUGAUAUAAAAUUUGAA